UAUAUUGUCGUCACAUGACAGUGUGAGUGAGUGAAUGAUAGGUUGGGGAAGGUCGAGCGAAGAAAUCGGAGAAGGCUACUACACAAAGUGAUUUUUUUUCCGCAUUAUUAUUAAUCAAUAUGGAAUGGGAUCUUCUGCAAGGAACGUCUACACAUUUGAAGUUUAACACUUUUUACCUUUACCAGUAUUAUGAAUACAACGGAAAUAUAUGUUGAAGACAGGGAAAUGGAAGGGAUACAUAAGCCAGGCCCCUGCGAUAAUUCCGAAAUCAGGUCGUCAGGCUCAAUCAUGAACGGUGGGCCUGCUGGACUGCAGUCACAUUACACUGAUGGGCUAGGCCUAGGCCUAGAUGAUGUUAGGGUGAGAGGGCGAAAUACUUCUCCACCAGAUCUAUCACAUACAGAGGAGUAUUAUAGUCGAUCUAGCUUCCAGGCCGGAACAUACACUCGAUUGAACGAUUCGAAUAGAGACUUCUUUAUCGAAGACGAUGAUGAACCGUUGUUAAAUUUGGCUGAAGUGGAGGACAACAACCAUUGUCAUUCAGCUCAAGAGGAAUAUUCCAAUCGGGGUGCAAGGAAUCAACUAAUUGUGGCCAGCGUUAUUUGCCUUGUUUUUAUGAUUGGGGAAUUUGUUGGUGGUUACUUAGCUAACAGUUUGGCUAUCAUGACAGAUGCUGGUCAUUUGUUGAGUGAUUUUGCAAGCUUUAUGAUCAGUUUGUUUGCAUUGUGGCUAGCAAACUUGAAGCCAACCACUAAGAUGUCAUUUGGUUUCUAUCGAGCAGAGGUGCUGGGAGCAGUGCUCAGUAUCCUUAUUAUCUGGGUUCUCACUGGUAUACUUGUGUACUUAGCUGUCCUGCGGUUUAUACAUAAAAACUUUGAAAUUAAUGCAGACAUCAUGUUGAUCACUGCAGGCUGCGGAGUCUUCCUCAAUAUAGUGAAAGAUAAACCAGACAUAAAGCUAGCAGACCCUAUAUGUACAUUUAUUUUCUCAGUUUUGGUUUUAAUAACAACUGUCACAAUAUUAAGAGAUGCAGUCUAUCUGCUUAUGGAAGGUGUGCCAAAGAGUAUUAGCCUCCAACAUGUUCACGAUGACCUGCAAGCCAUUGAGAAUGUGCAGACCGUCCACAGCCUAAACGUGUGGUCACUAACGGUCAAUAGAGUUGCACUUGCCGUCCAUCUCACUGUUGCAAAAGAAGACCUGACAGCAGAUAUGUACCAGACAAUUCUGUGCAAGGCAUCAUGUCUGCUGCGUAAGAAGUUUGCCAUUAACCAGAUCACCAUACAAGUGGAGGAGCACCAGGACGAUAUCAUGUCCAACUGUAAAGAGUGCAAGGGACCCUGUUCAUAAAAAUCUACUGUAAUAUUUUUUUAAUGAUAGUUUGUUAAUAAAUGGUCACAGGUUAUAAAUAUCAGUGUUAAGUUUAGUAGUGGGUCCAGAGAAUGUGGGAGGACAAAUGACCAUAUGCCAAAAUUCCAAAUUUUCUUAAAAUAUAUACUGAAACUGACCCACACCUGCAGGGAUAGAUCUAAGAGGAGAAACAGGCAGCUAAGCCUCUCUACCCCACCUCCCCCCUGCCCCUUCCCAAAAAAAAGACAAGUUAAUUUUCGAUUUAAAUUUCAUGUACCAGUGUUUUUUGUUAGGCAUUUCAUAACAAAAAUCGCAAACACCAGUCCCUCCCCCUGCUUGGUACUUCGCAUGUUGCAUGGCCCCUACUCACUGGAUCCCCCUUGUGUUCCCACCCUCUAACAAAUUUAGAUAACAUUUGCUUAAUAUGAAGUAUAUCACCUUGAUAGCAGCUGUCCAACUGAAUCUGACUAUAUCUGGUGGAGCUUACGCUACUGUAAGAGAGUUGGAAAUCAGGGAGAGAAUGGCCUAUUUCCACCCCCUAAACCCCCUUCAAUUAGUGCUGCCUCUGAUCAUUAGUACAGUACUUCAUUAUAUACACAUCUAUUUUCAUGUGUUCCCUGUUAAUUUUUUUUUUUUUGGAUAAUUGUGUCACAUAUUAAGGUGAAAAAAUACAAGUACUAAUACUGUAUAUAGCAUUUUCUUCCAAAGUGAUCAUUUAAUUUCAAUUUGUAAGAGUGGUUGCCAGGAUAAUGGCUAAAUUUUCAAGAUUCAAAGAUUUAUUUACUACAUAAAAAAUGAUUAUAAUGAUUUGUUUGGUAUUAUGGCAUUAGAUUGAUACUGUUUUAGUACUUAAUUAAAUUUUUAAAUGAGAACUUUCUAUUUAAUAAAAGUUAAAAAUAUUUUAAUAUAAAUUUAUCAAAACAGCCACCUAUAGGUAAAAUUGUAUAGCCACAAGUGAUAAUUACAGGAUAUUUUAGUUACUUGUUUUCUUUAUUAAGCAUGAUAGGAAAUUAUAAUAAUAAUAAUAAUAAUAUAUACAUGUAGGAUAAUAAUUCAAAAAUAAUUUUAUUGCCGCAUUAUUUAUUUUAAUACUGCAAUGAUGAUAAAUUAAAAUUAUAAGGCACAUAUCUCUAAAAAUGAAAGACACAGUGCAUGUUGGCCUUUAAAAUAGCAACUGAUUUUGAUGUAGUGAUGUGUUAAAUCACAGAUAAAUGUGAAGUGGCAGCCAAAUAUUAAGUAAGGUCUGUAACCAUAUGUUUGAGUGAUAAUAUGCAGAAAAAUUAGCUAAGAAUAAAGAAUGGUAAUCAAAGCGCUUUUAAGUCGUAUUUACACAGACAUCUUAUAACUGAUGGAAAAGAACUCUCUGUAGCAGUUGCACAACUUGCAUGCAUUACGAGAUUCGAUAACAUAUUUUAGCUUUGUUUUAAUCGUUUUUUUUUAAUGAGUACUUAAAGAAUCCGAUGUGUUUUGACAACUAUUACCAUUGGUUACUAUAAUUAGGUCUUGUGAAUGAUACAUUAAUGCAUAAAAAUACAUAAAAUAUUAUACAAAUAAUGAAUGUUUGAGUGCAAUGGGAAGAAUAUUUUCACGAGUUGAAUGAAACAGUCAAUCUUUCAAUUUAUGAAAAUAUUCUUUACAUUCCAUGAAUAAAAAAACAUGCAUUAUUCAUUUUAUAACACACCUAAAAUAGAUCCUUGUUAUUUGAUGUCUUAUAUAAAGUUUUAUCUACCUUGCUUCAGAAUGGAAGGGUCUAUCUUCUUUUAACCGAUGAAAACAUUGUAUUAGCUGGAGGCAUGCAAUGGGACAAAAACGAAUGGAGCAAAAUGUUCAUGAUAAGUGACGAAAUGGUGAUAUGCAAUCCACUAAUCAAAUGAUAAGGAUCAAUUUAGGUGUGUUAUAAAUGUAAAUGAAUAUUAUAAUAAUGCAUACAAAUACGUAAACAGGAGUAUGUCAUGCUAUUAAUAUACUUUCAUGCCAAUUAUAAAAUUAUUACACUGAAGUAAAAGUAUAUUCUAUCUUUGAGCAUUUA